UUGCGGAUGUAAAUUAAAGUUGUGUACAAAAGACAUUUAAAAAUUAAUUUAGGUAGCUCGUAAAUUAUUAUUAAUUGUGUCAUAAAAGUUAAUUGAGCAGCAGAGUAGAGGAAGGCAGAGCAUUGAGGAAGUCAGCGAGAGAGUGAGAGGUGAUCUAUCGUGGAGGGAGAUAAUCAGAUUUGUUGGGGUGAACAGGUGUACGAUCCCGAGUUACUCAUGAGUUUUACUAUUUAGUUCGCGCCAAGCUAUCGGUCUGAUUGCUUUUAAAUUCAUUUAUUAACGCUCGUUAUCUCCAAUUUAAAUAAAUAUUUUUUUAUGGAUUUAUUUUGCCUGAAAAUAUAAUCGGGAUCAAAAUUAGCAUACGAUGACAACAAAAUUAUGGAAAGCGUUUUCGAGAAGAAGAGUUGACGAUGACCUGGAAGGCAAAGGGGAACUAGCGCGAGUCCUGGGAUUAUUUGAUUUAACGGCACUGGGAGUUGGCGCGACACUGGGGUUGGGGGUUUAUGUUCUCGCAGGAAGUGUAGCAAAAGAAACUGCCGGUCCUGCUGUUUGCAUUUCAUUUCUCAUUGCUGCAUUUGCGUCAGCUCUCGCGGGUUUAUGUUACGCUGAGUUCGCUUCUCGUGUACCCAAAGCAGGAUCCGCAUAUGUCUAUAGUUAUGUUACCGUCGGAGAAUUUAUCGCUUUCGUCAUUGGUUGGAAUCUCAUCCUCGAGUAUGUAAUCGGUACUGCGAGUGUUGCUCGAGGUCUCAGUAAUUACGUUGACUCCUUGAUUGACAAUAAGAUGAGAAAUUACUUUUUUUCAAUUAUGCCAAUAGAAGUGUCAUUUCUCUCUGACUACCCGGAUUUUUUUGCUUUCGGUGUAGUCAUGCUGCUCAUUAUUCUUCUUUGCGUCGGAGUACAGGAGUCAUCGUACCUCAAUAUGGGAUUUACGGCAAUUAAUAUGGUGACGAUUUUAAUUGUCAUUGUCGCAGGAUCUAUCAAAGCUGAUCCGGCAAAUUGGAACAUCGACCCGGCGAAAAUUCCUCCAGAGUUCAAAAAUGCUGGGACCGGUGGAUUUAUGCCUUUUGGAAUAAGCGGAGUUAUGAUCGGAGCAGCGAAAUGUUUCUAUGGAUUCGUCGGGUUCGACGCGGUCGCCGCCACAGGAGAAGAAGCGAAAAAUCCACAAAAAACAAUUCCGCUUGCGAUAGUAAUUUCUCUUGCUGUCAUCUUCGCGGCCUACUUCUCUAUCUCUACAGUUCUUACGAUGAUGUGGCCUUACUAUGACCAAGAUUCAGAAGCGCCAUUUCCUUAUGCCUUCCAGCAAAUUGGCUGGCCGGCAAUUAUGUGGAUCGUUAAUGUCGGCGCUGUUUUUGCUCUCUGCACUAGUCUUCUCGGUGCAAUGUUUCCACUUCCUCGGAUUCUCUAUGCCAUGGGAAGUGACGGGGUGAUUUUUAAAUUUCUUGCCAAAGUUGACAGAAGAACUCAGACACCAAUAAUGGGAACAAUCGUUUCCGGUCUGCUGAUAGGUUUGAUGACUCUCAUGUUCAAUCUCGAGCAAUUGAUCGACAUGAUGUCCAUUGGAACCCUGCUAGCGUACUCCAUAGUCGCCAUUUGUGUCCUUCUUCUCAGGUACCAGAAGACGAAUCAAACUGUAAAACUUCCCGCUAGUACCAUGUUGGAAGAUGAUCUUUCACUUCUAGAUUAUUUCAAACGGAUCUUCAAUAUCUACAACCAGAAAGUCGCCACCAAAUUAUCCAGCAGAGUCGCCAGCUGGGGUGUCUUUGUCUUCUCAAUUUCAGUAUUCAUCCUGGGUGUGAUUAUCACCCACACAAGCUUUGAAAAUAAGCCAUUGAAUAUAUUUACAUACAUAGUUUUAACAUUAAUUGUUUUAAUUAUCAUUUUUACUGUCAUUGCCAUCAGCAGACAACCGGUCGAUCCAAUAUCCCUCGACUUUAAAGUUCCAUUUGUGCCGAUCGUACCUUGUUGCAGUAUAUUCAUAAAUUUAUUUCUCAUGCUGCAACUAGACGUUUUUACAUGGAUAAGAUUCGUCGUGUGGAUGAUUAUAGGUUUCUGUAUUUAUUUCUUCUACGGUAUUCGGCACAGCUUGCAAGGUCAACGUGAUAGAUUACUAACUAAUCCACCACCUCAUGCAUACACAAAUCCUGUGAGAUUAGUAACUAAGUUUUGAAGAAAAAAAAAAUUUUAAUUACAAAUUCAUUAAAAUUAUGAGUGAGAAAGUAACAGACACAGUCAUUAUAAUUUUGAAAUAAAUAAACAAAGUGUUAAUUAGAAAAAAAUAAAAAAAUGCGCAUUGACAGAAUUUAAAAAUCUGUAUGCGCAUUUUUUUAUUUUUAUUUUUUAAAUUGUUCGUUCGUUUGUAAUUUAAAAUUUAUCUGGUGUCUGGUGCGUUCAUACUCGUGAUAUUUUAUCUUUUUUACUGAGCGGUAAAAGUUUAUACUGUAAAAUGUAUAAAGCCCAGCAAUGAAAGUUGCAGUGUGUAAAAAAAAAAUGAAGAAAGAGAUAUAAACUCAAAGCUUUAUUGAUUAUCAAUAUUACUAUUGACAUGACCGUUUUUUGACGGUUUAUUUUUGUAAAUACUUUUUAUAUAAUUUAUUCGUCUUAUCUCUUGCUGUAUAUACUGUUAAUGUAAAUAGUAAAGAGACAUGUGUAUAUAAUUAUUAUUGCAGCUACAAAUUUGUAUCUGUUUAUAAAGAUUUAAAUAUUAUUAUUAUUAUAUAUUUUAUGCUAAAUAAAUAAAGGAUUUCUUAAA